CGAAAAUCAGUUGAGGAACUUCAAUCGUAACGGUGAGUUCCAUUGUUGGCUUGUUCCGUCAUUGUAGCGAAAACUUGCGCGUGUGGCUUAUCUGUGAGCAAAGUGGAAAAAAAUCGAACUGAAAGGGAUGGUGAAAUGAUAUUGAAAAAUCUAAAUUGCAAUUAAGUAGAAUUGAUAAUAAAUGCGCUUUUGAAACGAGAAGUAAUUUACAAAAAGAAAAAAUUGCUACAAUUAAGAAAUAAAACCACCUGUGCGCGUGUGUGUUAAAUUAUAAUUUAUAUGGAAAGAAGUUAGUAGAAAAUUAAGCGAAUUUCGUAUACGAAUACAAAUAUACAGUGCUUUGUAAGAGCACUGCACAAUACAUAUAAAGUUUACACACGCACAUCUAAAGAAGCUUGUCUUUUUACCUUGACGUCACGUCGCUUUUUUUAACCUGCCGCCACCGACGAGCGCAAUCCAAACCGAGCAUUCGUAAUUUUGCCGCUCAAACGAAACACGAAACAUAUCUUAGAUACGUGUAGAUAGUAGCGACGCGCGACAACUCCGGCUCCCAAUGCGAAAGACGAAGUGCUUGGGGCAGUGGUGUGAUACCAAAAAGAUAUAUGUAUAGCCGGAGAUGCGACUACCAGUUAAUGGCAAAAGCCAAAGCAAUUAAACGGCUCACACAUAUGUACAUACAUACAUCGAAAAGUUUUACAUACUGGGGAUUGUGGUAUGCCUAACAAAGCCUAAAAAACGUAAAUAUAUUUAUUUAUGUAUAUAAAUAAAAAAUACUCUUGAAAAAAAAACCAAAAAAAAAAUAUGCACAACUGGUCUGCAGAAAUAAAUGUCAACCUAAAGAUUUUCCUCCGAAUAUAAUUGUAGUGCCAAAAUUUUCGAAGACAAAGCGGAACAUAACUACGUACGUUCUUACUAAAAGAGAUGCGAAAAUGGCAUUGUUUUGAAUUUAUCGCUGUUUUUGUGCUUUCCCGGAACUUGGCAAAUUUUUGUUUCACUGCGUAGUAAUAAGCAGCAAUGGAAAAAAAAUAUUCAGUCCUUCCUGAAACGAUGCAUAUUUAAUUUCCCUGCUUUCUGUAUCAAAAUAUAAGCGAACAUAAACGACAGACUUAGCAACUUUUCGCACAAGCUAGCAAUAUUUAGUAUGUAUUUCACAUUUUUCCACGCAUUCCUUCAACUAACAAAAAAAAUGCACUUAAAAAACAGUAAAAAUACUUAAGCCCAACACAAUACAGCUGCACGGAAACCCACGAUAAGGCAAAUAUUUACUAAAAAAAAGUAAAAUCUAACACCUACACUUGCAAAAAAAAAAACGCAUUACAUAUCUACAAAUUGUAAUAACGGAUAAUUCCACCAACGUGUGAAAGGAAAUACAUUCAUAAAUACUACUCAAGAUGGUAUUCUACAUAUCGUUUUUUGGAAAAAACAUCGACCCGCCUGACAAAGUGGCAAACGAAAAAAGCAUGGCCUGCAUUCAAGAUGGAUUGGAACAAAUGAAAUUAGGCGCGGGCAAUCUCUCAUUCGCAACAGACAUCGACUUUCAGCAACGACCGCAAGCGAAUAACGUAAACAUCAACGUAACAGACAGUAGUUCCGACAAUACCUGCCAACAUCGAUGGACGCCCACACACGGCUAUCGCGACAAGGGUAUCGGUGUGAUGACAAGCCUACUGGGUUGUAUGAAACCGAUACUCUCUUUUAUGACCAAGACUGGCGUUAUCGAGGUCAAAGAUCCAAAGGAUUACGCCUGGGAAAUACCAUUUGAAUGCAUCACUGGGCUGGAGUGGCUGGGAAGCGGUGCACAAGGAGCGGUUUUCAGUGGAAAACUUAAUAGCGAAAUUGUUGCCGUGAAGAAGGUGAAAGAACUGAAAGAAACAGAUAUUAAGCAUUUAAGAAAGUUGGAUCAUCAGAAUAUUAUUAAGUUUAAGGGUGUUUGCACACAAUCGCCCGUCUAUUGUAUAAUCAUGGAGUUUUGCCCCUAUGGUCCACUACAAAACAUACUUAAGGAGGAGAAAGUGAUGUUGCCGUCGCGCCUGGUGUCGUGGUCGAAGCAAAUUGCGCUCGGCAUGCAAUAUCUGCACUCGCAUAAAAUUAUACAUCGUGACUUGAAGAGUCCCAACAUACUAAUCGGUCAACAAGAGAUAGUGAAGAUCAGCGAUUUUGGUACAAGCAAAGAAUGGAAUGAGAUCAGCACGAAAAUGAGUUUCGCCGGCACCGUGCCCUGGAUGGCACCUGAGGUGAUACGAAAUGAACCAUGCUCGGAGAAGGUCGACAUUUGGUCCUACGGCAUUGUGCUUUGGGAGAUGUUAACAUGCGAGAUACCCUACAAGGAUGUUGACUCAUCCGCCAUUAUUUGGGGUGUGGGCAAUAACUCAUUGAAACUACCGAUACCGUCCAGUUGCCCAGAGGGUUUCAAGUUAUUGGUUAAUUUAUGUUGGCACACUAAACCUCGCAAUCGUCCCUCCUUCGGGCAAAUAUUGUCCCAUUUGGAAAUUGCCGGUCCAGAGCUAUUGCGUAAAAGCGACAAAGUCUACUUCGAGGCGCAGCAGUCGUGGAAGGAGGAAGUGCGUUCACAUCUCAAGGAAAUCACAAAGAAUGGCACUAGCAUACAUAAGUAUGAACAGGAUUUGAUUAGACGACGCACGGCCGAGUGGCAGCAUGCGCAAGAUAUACGACUGGUCUAUGAAGAUAAGUUGGAGAAGACAAAUCGACUGUAUUUAGAAUUAAGUGAAUGCAUGACUCAGCUGCAGGAAAAGGAGAAAGAGAUUGCUAUGCGCGAAAAACAACUACCAGGUUACAAGCCAACGCGUCGACUAGGCGGUACGUUGCGAAAGAUACAAAAUUACCGUAGACGGCUUAAUGCACCUUUGGUAACACCAGGAAAUGCUCAACAACAACAAACGUCAACGACACCAGACCCUGAAACUACGCCAGAGAGUCCCCUUAAAGCUAUGCUGUACGCGCAGGUGAUAAGCUUGAAUCAGACAAAAUCAUAUUGCGUGCCCACACAGAAGCUGAAGAAGAGCAGACAUAGACGAGUUGGUUCUGGCAGCUUUGCAGCUGUGCCCAAGUAUAGUCCAAGUCGAGACCGACGCUACCAGAGCGAGCCAGAAAAUCGUAAGAACGUCAAGUUGGUGGAUACCGAAACACAAACCGAUGCCAUGGAUAUAAGUGAGACAGACAUUAGCCCAAGCGCCUGCUGUGCAAUGCGCGAUAUCUCUAUGACGCUCGCAAAUGACAGCGGGCUGCCAUCUUACGAAGUUCUAUAUGCAAUGGAUCGCAUAAAUCAACGCCAGUUGGCAGAGCCACAGAUCGCUAUGCCCCGACCACAGCAGCUAAUACACAAUGUAAAGGAGCAACAGCAACAAACCGAUGUGGUGCCAGCAGGAGAGGUGUCCGCGGCGGCGACGCCAACCAGUCUGAAUGGCAACUCCAUGACCCCUUCAGAUGUGACUUUCCAAGAUGCAUGCUCUAGUCCCGAUCAACUGCUCGACGAUGUAAUCAACAGCAACGAAAGACUUGACAUACCCGAUUAUUGCAGUUCGAAUGAGCACCUCGAGCGUCUUGGCGAAAAGGUGAUAAAAUUUAUCAACGAGAAUCGACUGAGCAUACAAACUACAACAACGGGCCUUAGUAAUCAUGGUGAAGUAUCGGCUGCUACGCGCUUGCAAGCUGACAAUGGUAAUGAGCUGGCGGGCGAGAGUUUUGGCACAACCACGCAAGAUACGAUAAGGGAAGGCUCGAUGGAGCGAUCGACGCCGAGAACGAGCAGUGUACGACGAAAACAAAAGCAGCAGCAUAGCUCGGAGAAGAAGAUGCGCGCUGAGGAGCAAGCGCAAGCGCACCAUAAUGCAAAUGGUGAAUCGAAUGAAGAUCUCUUCGAUGAUAGUUGGUCAGACGAGGAGGGCGAGGAUACUGACUAUCACUAUGGGCUACGAAGAAGGAGCAUUGGUCGUCUGCCAAUUGGCCGUGGCAUGCGUGCACGUCGUUGCUACAAAAUACCCAUCAUUCCGAAAAUUCCCAUCCACAAGCGAAAUGUGACUGUCGUCUCGGAUGAGGAAAAUACCUCGGAGUAUAGCCACUCACCAUCCAGCCAACAUUCAACACUCGAAAGUAAUCCUGAUGAAGUACUCAAGCAAAUGAAAGCCACACAAAAGAGCAUCGCGACAACUGCUACAACAACAGACAGCGAAGAAGAGGUCUCGUCGAGCAGCAGCAGUGAGGACGGUGAGGAUGUGACAACGCUGCAUGAGCGUAGCAGUAGAUCGACAGCAGCAGGCGGAUGCACAGCAGUUGCAGCUGCAGCAGCGCAACGACAAAGGCGUUCACAACGCCAACAGCAGCAACAACAACAACCACACAAAUACAUCACUGCAACAACAAAAGCAGCCACAAAUGUUGCGGUUGCACCAGCAGGCAAUGCGUUGCCUUUUUUACCGAAGCGCAGUGAUGUUAUUUCCAUACCCACAUACGAAGCGGACGGUGCUGUGGAUAUGGUUUAGGCGCGAGUACUGUAACAGCAAAUACUAAGUAGGCUCAUGAACUUUGCCUUAAACAUAAGGCUGUAGUUCCAUAUGAAAACACAAAUAGAUACAAAAAUAAAAACCAUAAACGUGAAAUAGUAUGUAAAAUUAUAAGCAGAAAUUAUUAACGCAAACAAGUUUCGCUUUAGUUCAAGUGCGUAUGUAUCUCACAAAAUUUAAUGUUCUGUAUUAAUAAUUAAAUCUACCAGUUUAUUACUUAAGUAAUCGUUACGAAUAAGUGUACAACAACAAGUCAGGCAUCUUGUCAUAGUAAUUAGUCAUAUAUGAAGGCAUACACACAUACAUACAUACAUACAACCUUAGAACAGAGGAUUACAUUUAAUUACAUUGUACUCAUUACUUACAUAUAUUUAAAUGGUUAUUGUAUAUUAUAAGGUAAUAUUAUUUAGCAGGAAAAAGGAAAAAUUGUACACAUACACACACUAGUAGCUUAUGUUUAGAGAUACAUUACUAAAAAGACUUGGUUUUACAUUAGGGUUCCCAAAUAUGUUAAGCAUUUCCAAGUAGUUUUGGUUGCUAACCUUCACCUGGCAGCAAAAAGAAAGUUGUAACCCAACUUUUGUUACCGCUCGUACAGUGCCUCCUCAAUAAACGUAACUACUAAACUGAAGCGCAGAUGUAUAUUUGUCAGAAACCCCAAAUACAAACAUUUCAAAAAGAUAAUCUGAUAUGUUUGACAAAACAAAACAAAAAACAAUAUUGUCUGGUGAAUGAGGCUUUUUUGUUUUUUUUUGUUUUUGUUGUCGGAGCGAGCACAAAGUUAAGUGUGCA